GGACGCCGAACGGAUGAGGUGAAUGGUUUGUUAGACGAGCAGUUCAAGGUCAUCGAUGACAUCUUCAACAACCUUGUUGCGAAAACUGGCUUACCUCUACAGCAAAUAUCUCACGCAUAUCACAAGGCUCGUGGUCGGAUUCAUUCCGCCUUCAAUCAUUGGAAUGUAUAUGGGCACUACUUGAAGGUGAAUCGAACACAGGAACUACGGAGGCUCGGCAAGGAUGUUGGCACUGAUAACGCCCAAAUUACAUCAACAAUCCGAGGUGAAUGCUAUAAGGUGUUCCAACUUGCUUACCCAGAUACAUGGCAAGACAUCCUCGAGGUGUUUGAGGAGGCUGAGAUG